CGGGGGCGGCUGCUGGGCCAGCUCCGCAGCCUCGACUGCGCCGUCCUCAUCGGAGAAACAGGCUCAGGAAAGACCACUCAGGUCCCUCAGUACCUCUACGAAGCAGGAAUUGGCCGACAAGGCGUCAUUGCUGUGACCCAGCCCCGCAGAGUGGCAGCUAUAGCCUUAGCCACCAGAGUCUCCAGUGAGAGGACAACAGAGCUGGGGAGACUGGUCGGCUACUCCGUGCGCUUCGAGGAGCUGAGCUGCGAGCAGACGCGCAUCAAGUUCCUGACGGAUGGGAUGCUGCUGCGGGAGGCCAUCGCCGACCCCACGCUGCGCAGGUACAGCGUCAUCAUCCUGGAUGAAGCCCACGAGAGGACCAUCCACACCGAUGUGCUCUUUGGAGUGGUGAAAGCUGCGCAGAGGAAGCGAAAGGAGCUGGGCAAAGUGCCACUGAAGGUGAUCAUCAUGUCUGCCACAAUGGAUGUUGACCAGUUCUCCCAGUACUUCAGUGGAGCUCCUGUGCUCUACUUGGAAGGCAGGCAGCAUCCCAUUCAGAUCUUCAACACCAAACAGCCUCAGAGCGAUUACCUCCAGGCAGCACUGGUGUCAGUCUUCCAGAUCCACCAGGAAGCUCCCCCUUCUCAGGACAUCCUGGUGUUCCUGACUGGUCAGGAAGAAAUUGAAGCAAUGACCAAAACCUGUCGAGACAUUGCCAAGCACCUCCCUGAGGGCUGCCCCCGCAUGUUGGUGAUGCCUCUCUAUGCUUCUCUGCCCUACUCGCAGCAGCUCCGUGUCUUCCAGGCUGCCCCCAAGGGCUGUCGCAAGGUGAUCCUCUCCACCAACAUCGCAGAGACCUCCAUCACCAUUCCAGGAAUCAAAUACGUGGUGGACACAGGCAUGGUCAAAGCCAAGAAGUACAGCCCUGACACAGGCCUGGAGGUGCUGGCGGUGCAGCGCGUGUCCAAGGCCCAGGCAUGGCAGCGCACAGGGAGGGCAGGGCGAGAGGCCAGUGGCGUCUGCUACCGGCUCUACACCCAGGAGGAGUUUGACAAGUUUGACAAAAUGACAGUGCCUGAGAUCCAGAGGUGUAACCUGGCCAGUGUGGUGCUGCAUCUCCUGGCCCUGAGAGUUCCCAACGUGCUCACUUUUGACUUCAUGUCCAAACCAUCUCCUGAGGCGAUUCAAGCAGCGAUCGAGCAGCUGGACCUGCUGGGGGCUGUGGAAUGGAAGGAAGAUCAGCUUGUCCUGACCCCCCUGGGGAGGAGGAUGGCAGCCUUUCCACUGGAACCAAAGUUCUCAAAAACAAUCCUCCUGUCCCCCAAGUUCCACUGCACAGAGGAGAUCCUGACCAUCGUGUCGCUGCUCUCUGUGGACAGUGUCCUCUACAGCCCCCCUGCCCGGCGGGAGGAGGUGCAGUCCGUCAGGAAGAAGUUCAUCUCCAGUGAGGGGGACCACCUGACCCUGCUCAGCAUCUACAGGGCCUUCAAAAAUGUCAGUGGCAACAAGGACUGGUGCAAAGAGAACUUUGUCAACAGCAAGAAUAUGAUGCUUGCGUCAGACAUCAGAGCUCAGCUCAGGGACAUCUCUGUGAAGCUGUCGCUGCCCAUCGAGUCGUCGCGCUCAGACAGCACCAACAUCCGCCACUGCCUGGCACACAGCCUCUUCAUGAAUGCCGCUGAGCUGCAGCCCGACGGCACCUACAGGACCCUGGACUCUCACCAGCUGGUGGCCAUCCACCCCUCCUCUGUGCUCUUCCAGUGCAAACCAGCUUGUGUGGUCUACAACACGCUGCUGCACACCAACAAGUGCUACAUGCGGGACCUGUGCGUGGUGGAUGCCGACUGGCUCUACGAGGCCGCACCUGACUACUUCCGCAGGAAGCUGCGGACGGCCAGGGACUGAGCUGUGGCUCUGCCACCAGCAGGCCCCAGGGCUUUUUGGGCUCACCCUGAAGGACUAAGCUGUGUUUUGUAGUGAAUGUACAGGAGCAGCAGAGCUUUGCCUUGCAGAUCAGAAGCACAGAGGGAAAUGGCUUCUUCGUGAGAGCUACACCUCGGGAGUCUGCCUGGCUGAGGACAGGGAUGGUUCUUAACAGUUACUGUGUUUGACAGGGGUGUGGUACCUACUGUGCACACCUGCGUGUGUGUGUGCCAGAUUUGUACUGGGGGAAAGGGACAGCUUUUGGUACCAGAGUCCAGUUUGUCACUCUGCAAACACGUUUAACAGGCUUGAUAUAUAUAGGGACAUGAAACCCCAAGAGCUUCUCUGAGCCGAGUGGGGAUUGUGUUUGCAUCCCAAGCAGGUUUCAUUGGGAGGAAAACAUGUCUGGGGGGAAAAAAGCCUUUUUCUACCAUUUCUAGGAGGGAGGUGCUACUGUCUCUUACCUCAUCACACAUCUCUCUGCCUGUUAUGAAUUAUUAAUAUUUAAUCAGGAAGAAAUAUAAAAACAUAUUUAUGAAUCCCCAAAUUUUCAGCUAAACUCUUUACAACUGUUUUACAGAUUCAGAUAUUUGAUUGUGGUUAAAUGUUUUCACCAAAUGUAUAUGUAAACAAAAUAACAGUUUAAGCAAAAAUCAGAAAUUCAAACUGGGAAAGAGAUAGGCAGUAAACGCCAGCUUGCCCCCAUGGGGGACUCUGGCCACGAAAAGGGAGCAGCUGGCCCAGAACCUUUGGAGAGACUUUACAGACAGUUGGCUAAAUUGCUCACAAGCAGAGCUUUCCAGAGCCUUUCCUGGGCAGCAGUAUUAUAAUCCAAAAUACGGCAUGGUUGCACAAGUUAAAGCAGAAAAGGUGUCCACCACAGGCAGGCUUUGCUGGAGGAAACUUUCCAGAGAACUUUGCAGCUUACCUUUCUGCAGUGCAUUGCAGCCAGAGAGAGCUUUCUGCUCGGGGGGAAGCUUUGCCGCUGAGGGCUUAGCAGAGUGCAAUGAAGCAGCUUGUCCUGGCUCGUGGGGUGAAUGGCGUGUCCCGGCUCGUGGGGUGAGCAGCAUGUCCCAGCUCAUGGGCAAAAGCAGUGUGUCCCUGCUCGUGGGGCAAGCAGCAUGCCCUGGCUCUUGCGGCGAGUGGUGUGUCCCAGCUCGUGGGGCAAGUGGCGUGUCCCAGUUCAUAGGGUGAGUGGCGUGUCCUGGC